AUGCACUUCACCGCACCGUCCAUUGCCUUGCUAGCUCUCGCAGCCGGCGUCCAGGCCGGUGGCGACAAGCAGAUGCAUGAACCCCCCGUCCGUGGCGGAAAGGGCAUCGGCAAGCACCACACUUCCGGUGCUGCCACCGGUAUCUCUACCGGUGUCUCUGGUCAUGGUACUGGUAUCGCUGGCACCGGUGUCCACACUGGAAGCCACCCCAUUGUCACCGGCUACCAUAACGCUACCAACUCUGGUAGCAAGAACUCCACUAUCAUCGGCACUGGAACCGCUCCCUGCUACAGCUGCCACGGUAGCUCCACCAUCCCAGUCUACGUCCCUACCAAGACUCACGCUGCUGCUUCCUCCGGCGUUGGCGGUGGUGCUUCCCCCUCCGGCGGUGCUGGCGGCGCCCACGGUGGCUCUGGCUCCGGCUCCGGCAGCACCGGCUCUGGCUCUAGCUCUGGCGGCGCUGUCGGUGGCUCCGGCUCUGGCUCUAGCUCUGGCGGCGCUGUCGGUGGCUCUGGCGCUGGCUCUGAGUCUGGCUCCGGCUCCGGCUCUGGCUCCGGCUCCGGCUCUGGAUCUGGAUCUGGCUCUGGCUCUGGCUCUGGCUCUGGAUCUGGAUCUGGAUCUGGCUCUGGCUCUGGCUCUGGCUCUGGCUCUGGCUCUGGCUCUGGCUCUGGCGCCUCCCCCUCCGGCGGUGCAGGCUCUGGCGUUGGCUCCGACUCCGAUUACACCCCGUCCAGCCCCGGCUCCAAGGUCACCACACCCCAGGUUGGAGUUUUCGGCGCUAUUGGCAGCAUUGUCUACGGAGCCAUUAUGCUUCUCGCAUAA